AUGACAACCGCUUCUACCCCAGCUACCCCAGGUCCAUCCACACCAACAGUCACGCGAGCACCCUCUAUAGAUCAUACCAAGGUCGAUGACAUUCGGAAUAUUGAGAGGCCAGCAUCGACACCAUUUCCGCGACAACAGUCUUUAGAUGGAGAGAUUGUAGAGCGACACGUCGAGCCGGAUAUUCUUGAAUGGGUAGAGCCUGCGCCGAUUCAACGACAAGCCCUAGAUUCAGGUUCACUCUUGUGCGACCUUCCCGUCGAAAUUCACGAUUGUAUUCUCGAUCACUUGUUCGGUUUCAGGGCUGCGGCGUCUGCGAGAGUUAUAUCGGGGAGGUCUAAGGUUCUCCGAGGUUGGGGUACUGCGUUGAGACAUUCAAGACGUCGUGAAGUCUCGGAGUUGGCUCUUGUGUCUCCUCAAUGGAGAUAUCUUAUCCAAGAACGAUUAUAUAGACAUCUCAAGAUUAAGGGAACGAGGGAUUCCAUUCAGCAGUCAUUGGAGUGGUUUUAUACCCAUUCACCUUUGUGUGCGUUUGUGAAGCAUAUUGAAAUAUGGUUUCCAGUAUUUCAACAGAAGAAGUUACCUUUGGAACGAAAUUUACGCAUACCUCCGACCAAUCCAGAUCGUUCUACCCUAAAUCGCACACUUGCACAUCUCGGCGCAGAGCCUACGAAUAGUGUCACAUAUCAGACCCCAGAUAAUAAUUGCACCCUGUCAGAAAUCUUCCAAUUUGUUCGAAAUAUAUUUCCGGAAGCCUGUAUCUUGACUUUAGAAGGCGGAGAAAGAAAGAAGCCCCCUCAAGUUCAACAAUUCCUCCCGAACGAAACCACAUUACAACUUCCCACCAUCGAUACCAUUAGAACACUGGUCUGCAAGGGACAGUGGAAUAUCAUACGCACGAAUGAAGAUUUCCAGACUAUCGCGGCAGCAUUACCGAAUCUCAAUGAAUGGCAUGGAUCUUAUGCCAAACCGAAGUCGAAGGCAUAUCUCUGUAUCGCGCAGAUCACUCCUCAAAUACCACAGAAUAUUACACAUCUCAAUCUCUGUCUUGAGAACGACUAUCGCAGAGAAGCUGUAUCCCCCGCUUUCUUCAGGAAAGUUGCCCAGCAGACGCACUUCUGCGAUGAACUGGCCAAAUCGAUCCCAACUCUUGAGCACUUAGCAUAUACCGGGAGAGUUUGUCGUGGGUUUUUCGACACGGCGGCUAAACUUUCGAAUCAACGUACCACUAAACUAAAGAGUAUAGAACUUAUUGUCAAAAAUUGCUGUCGCCCUGUUCAGCAGUGGAAUGAUGGAUCUGGUAUAAGUGACAUGUCAUUCAUAUCAGCGUUCGAAGCAUUGGUUUUAUCGAGUGUACGAGCAUUGGACAAGUUGGCGGCACUUGAGUACCUGAGGAUUAGAUUCAUAGAUCUUGGUGAGUUUGAGCAUACUUCUUGUCGUCUUGGUGAUGUUAACGGUGCUAUAGAAUCUCAUAUCCCGCCGCUCAAUCCGUAUUUUGAACUCAAAAAUAAUCGAUGCACAGGAAUCUGGAGCUCAAUAAUCGUCGACGCAUUGGCAAAGAGUAGACCAAGCGCGUCAUUCGUAGAAAAAGCAGAAACUUUGGGCGAGUUGGAGGUUAACAAAGAUGGACAAUUCAUGACGCCUGCUACAUUUUCAAAGUUUCGACCGCUUUCUAUAAAAGUCUCAAAUUACCUUCCACUUUCAGGUGGUAUCACAAUUACAUGA